GAGAGCACAUUUUAUCUUUCGCCGCCUGCGCAGGGAGUGAAUCGAUUGUGCAGCUGCUGAUUGAAAACGGGGCUGACACCAGAGUGCAAGACUCCUUAGGUAACACUGUCCUCCACAUCUUGGUUCUCCAGCCCAACAAGGCGUCUGCGUGUCAAAUGUACAAUCUGUUUCUCUGCUACGCAAAGGAACACGAGGAGCUGGGAGCCCUGGACUCGGUUCCCAACAACGAGGGGCUGACUCCGUUUAAGCUGGCGGGUGUGGAAGGCAACACCGUGAUGUUCCAGCACCUAAUGCAAAGAAGAAAGCAUGUCCAGUGGACCUAUGGACCUUUGUCAUCCACCUUGUAUGACCUCACAGAAAUUGACUCGUGGGGUGAUGACCAGUCUCUCCUGGAGCUUAUUGUCACCACUAAAAACAGAGAGGCUCGGCGAAUCCUAGACCUGACCCCGGUGAGCGAGUUGGUAAACCUUAAGUGGAAUAAGUAUGGAAGGCCGUAUUUCUGCGUCUUGGCCGUGUUCUACAUAUUGUAUAUGAGCUGCUUCACAAUGUGUUGUGUCUACCGGCCUCUGAAACACCGGGGCUACAACAAAACAGAUGAAAGAGACAACGUGCUAUUGGUCCAGAAACCGUUGCAGGAAUCUUACAUCACUCCCGAGGAUGACAUCAGACUGGUGGGUGAACUCAUCACCGUGAUUGGGGCCAUAGUGAUCUUGAUUCUAGAGAUUCCAGAUAUCGUCAGAGUUGGAGCCACCAAGUACUUUGGACAAACGAUCCUUGGAGGACCUUUCCAUGUCAUCAUCAUCACGUACGCCUGUAUGAUCCUGGUGACCAUGGUGAUGCGUCUCACCGGCUCUACGGGAGAGGUGGUCCCCCUGUCCUUUGCUCUGGUGCUUGGCUGGUGCAACGUCAUGUAUUUCGCGCGAGGGUUUCAGAUGCUGGGGCCCUUCACCAUCAUGAUCCAAAAAAUGAUCUUUGGGGACCUCAUGCGCUUCUGCUGGCUAAUGGCGGUGGUGAUCCUUGGCUUUGCUUCUGCUUUUUACAUCAUCUUCCAAACGCAAGAUCCUGACAUGCUGGGCCACUUCUACAACUAUCCCAUGGCGCUCUUCAGCACUUUUGAGCUCUUCCUCACCAUCAUCGAUGGACCGGCCAACUAUGAAGUGGACCUGCCCUUCAUGUACGGGAUCACCUACUCCGCCUUCGCUGUCAUUGCCACCCUCCUGAUGCUCAAUCUCCUGAUAGCCAUGAUGGGUGACACGCAUUGGCGGGUGGCCCAUGAGCGGGAUGAGCUUUGGCGAGCUCAGGUUGUUGCCACGACAGUCAUGCUAGAACGGAAACUCCCACGAUGUCUUUGGCCUCGGUCGGGGAUCUGCGGGAAAGAAUACGGACUGGGCGACCGAUGGUAUCUCAGGGUUGAACGUCGCUGCGAACUUCGGCAACCAAAGGUAAAAACAUAUGAACCCCAUCGAAGGGACGCCUUUGAGAAGUACUUGAAGAGCAAGAAGGCUCUGCCCCCAGAUAAUGGCGGAGUGUUUUAUUCAAAGAAGCAGGGGCCCUUUGGUACUCCUUCUGAUACACCAUGUUCAUCACGGAGGAGCUCUGGUUGUGGCUGGGACAUCUUGCGCCGCAGCGCACUGGGCCCAGGGCAAGGGUACACCAAUUAUGGUAUGGAGGAGGAGGAAGUCUACCAUGUCUGAGCUACCAGCCCCAGAACCCAGGGAUUUCUUUCUGGCUUCAGUGCAGAGGACGCACUGUAGUACAUCCAACAGUUCCGGUAACGGCUGUUCUGACAGGCAUCAGCAAUUGUUUGGAACUCGCAACUGCUGCGAGCGACACACAGAAGAGCCUUUGAGUGGAAGCAAGCGCGCCGAUCUUGAAGCCGUAGCACAACCCCAGCAGAACUUUGGAGAUGACCUCUGUCAUGGCAUGUCCUAGGGGACAAGGACUUUUCCAGAGCCUUCCAGAACUGUGUACGGAUCUUGGUUUCAGUGGUGGCCUACUUUUG